UCAAUUUGAUUAACAAUUUUUGUUUUCUCUAUUCAGGUUUAAAUAAUGUCAACAAAAUUCUUCAAUCAUUUUGGCCGUGAUAUAAUGUCCAUUAUUGGAAUGAUUCAUGUUCGACCAUUACCAGGCACUCCAGCUUGUAAUAAACAAUUUGACAUUCAACAACUUGUGGAUCAUGCUUGCAAUGAUGCUUUGAUAUUUGUUCGUCAAGGUUUACAUGGUAUACUUGUUGAAAAUAUGUUUGAUCGUCCAUACAUAAAACAUGAUGAUGCUGGUCCAGAAAUAACUGCGACUAUGACUCGAGUAUGUUCUGAAGUUCGUCGUGUUGUACCUGAACGAAUUCCAUGCGGUGUACAAAUUCUAGCCGGAUUAAACCAUGAAGCAUUGGCCGUUGCCAUCGCUAGUCAAUUUCAAUUCAUCAGGGUUGAAGGAUUCGUAUUUAGUCAUGUUGCAGAUGAAGGUCUUAUGACAACAGCUUGUGCUGGUCCAUUGCUGAGAUAUCGUCGUCAAAUCGAUGCCGAACAUAUUCUUGUGUUGACCGAUAUCAAAAAGAAACAUUGUUCACAUUCAAUUACUGAUGAUUUAGAUUUAACUGAAACAGCCAGAGCAGCAAGAUUUUUUCUCACAGAUGGUCUAAUCAUUACUGGUCGUGAAACUGGUGAUCCACCAACACUAACUGAUUUCGAUCAAAUUAAUCAAUCAUUAAUCGAUGAUCAUGUACCAUUGUUGAUUGGUUCCGGUUUAACUGUAGAAAAUUUAUCCGGUUUUUUCAAAAAUAAAAAUAUAGCAGCCGCAAUUGUUGGUUCAUAUUUCAAACAUAAAGGAAAAUGGUUUAAUUCAUUAUGCGAAGAUAAUGUCCAAACAUUUAUGCAUAAAUAUAAUCAACUCCUUCAGCAGCAACAAUAA